CCUAUAAUUUGGUUUUUUAGAAGGGUUUGCCAUACUUCUCCACCCGAGCAAAGAGUGCUGUUUCAGGGACACUGAGGACCCCGGGUUGCAAUGAUAAGGAUUUUGGUAGCGUGCGUCUCCACGGUGUCCAUCAUCGGGAUGGUGGCCGGUGCUCGCGGUGGAUACGGAAUGAGUAUGUUUGCGGCUCAAUCCUCUCCUCCGGACCCGUGUUACGACGAGAACGGCAACCCCAGACGCUGCAUCCCCGACUUUGUGAACUCCGCGUUUGGAAAGGACGUGCGCGUAUCCAGCACCUGCGGCGCUCCGGCGUCGCGGUACUGCGUGGUGACCGAGAAGGGCGAGGAUAGAUCGAGGGACUGCAACAUCUGCGACGCCACGGACCCCAAGAAGUCGCAUCCCCCUGCGUACCUGACAGACCUCAACAACCCUCACAACCUCACCUGCUGGCAGUCGGAGAACUACGUGCAAUAUCCGCAAAAUGUGACUUUGACGCUGUCCUUGGGGAAGAAGUUCGAGGUGACUUACGUGAGCCUCCAGUUCUGCUCUCCUCGCCCUGAAUCUAUGGCCAUCUUCAAAUCCAUGGAUUACGGAAAAACCUGGGUGCCCUUUCAAUUCUACUCAACCCAGUGCAAGAAAAUGUACAACAAACCGAGCAAAGCUGCGAUCACCAAGCAGAACGAGCAGGAAGCGAUCUGCACGGACUCGCACACGGACAUGCAGCCGUUAACGGGCGGCCUCAUCGCGUUCAGCACGCUGGACGGCAGACCCUCCGCGCACGACUUUGACAACUCUCCCGUCCUGCAGGACUGGGUCACGGCCACCGAUAUCAAAGUGACCUUCAACCGGCUGCACACGUUCGGGGACGAGAACGAGGAUGACUCGGAGCUCGCCAGGGACUCGUAUUUUUACGCCGUGUCUGACCUGCAGGUCGGCGGUCGGUGCAAGUGUAACGGGCACGCGUCAAAGUGCGUAAAGGACCGCGAAGAGAACCUAGUGUGCGAGUGCAAGCACAACACGGCGGGACCGGAGUGUGACAGGUGUAAGCCGUUCCACUACGACCGGCCGUGGCAGCGCGCGACGGCCAGAGAGGCCAACGAAUGUGUCGCCUGUCACUGUAACUUACAUGCCCGCCGCUGCCGCUUCAACAUGGAGCUAUACAAGCUAUCGGGCCGCAGGAGUGGAGGAGUCUGUCUCAACUGCAGACACAACACAGCUGGACGGCACUGCCACUACUGUAAAGAGGGCUACUACAGAGACAUGACCAAGGCCAUCUCACACAGACGCGCCUGCAAAGCCUGUGAUUGUCAUCCGGUUGGUGCAGCUGGUAAGACCUGUAACCAGACAACCGGGCAGUGCCCAUGUAAAGAUGGUGUGACUGGUAUCACCUGCAACCGCUGCGCUAAGGGAUACCAGCAAAGCAGAUCACCUAUCGCCCCCUGUAUCAAGAUUCCUGUUGCUGCACCCACAGCCACCUACAGCAGUUCAGAAGAGCCCACAGACUGUGACUCCCACUGUAAGACCCCCAAGGGCAAGAUGAAGGUCACCAUGAAAAAAUACUGCAAAAAAGAUUUCGCUGUCCAGAUUCACGUGCUAAAAGGAGAUAAGGCGGGCGAAUGGUGGAAAUUCACUAUCAACAUCAUAUCGGUCUAUAAGCAGGGCGGACAUCGCAUUCGCAGAGGAGACCAGCUCCUGUGGGUGCGCGCUAAAGAUGUGGCCUGCAAAUGCCCCAAAAUUAAACCGGGACGGAAGUACCUGCUGAUGGGCUCUGACGACGAUGACUCCCGCGGUCAGAGCGGCGUGGUGGCGGACAAAGGCAGCCUGCUCAUCCCGUGGAAGGACCUGUGGGCCCGUCGGCUCAGGAAAUUCCAGCAGCGUGACAAGAGGGGCAAGUGCUAGAAAAAACAUGGAGGAAAAACAGAGAGAUCAGGAGAGAAGGAAAGAAAAAAUAAUGAAGAGCAGAUUGAUUGACGAUUGAUCAGAACUGUGGUGAAGGACAACCAGUUGUGCAGUUUUGCCUUCCGUGGUUUAGCGUUUUUUUUCCCAUCAAGAUUUUAUUUUUUCAUAUCUUCAAUUUUGCAGAAUUUGCACCUACUAUUAAGUAUACGUAUAUGUAAAGUCGUUUAUGUGUGAU